UCAAAAUUUCAAAUGCCAAUACGUCAUUCUCAUUAAUCAAUAGUCAUUAGUAUUUAGUAAUAAGUAAUAGUAAUGUCAUUAGUUCAUUACGUCAAGCAACUACAGAAGUACAGUCUAUAGAGCACUGUACUACAAUUAGUACAAAUUCUGAGUGUUUUAGAGUACUAGAGGAAUGACAAAAAUAAAAUAAAUAGAAUCAUUCAAAUUUAAUGUUUUCUGUGCAUGGAUUGUUGAGAGCAAAAAUCAUUAAUAAAGUACUAAGUAAUACGUUUCCAAACUUUAAACUUUGUGUUUAMUUUUAUAUUUUAUGAGUUAUUUAAUUCAUAAUCUUAGCCCGUGAAAAUAUAGCAGCAUAAAAAUAAUCUACUUGCAUUAGUUUAUGCACUCACCAAUAAAUAUUACUCGAAUAACUUUAUUUAUGAUAAAUCAUGGCGUUGUGCGUAGCCGUAGUUAGCAAAGAGAAUGCGCCAAAAUAUGUAACUUCAUUAAACCCUGAAGACGAACUACAAAUUCAAUAUGAAAUACAUUCUUCAAUUGACUUUGUGGAAGAAAAAUUGAAAACUGGUAAAAAAGAUAUGCGUGAUCUGUAUUUAGGACUUUUGUACUCUACGGAAGAUCAUAAAAUGUAUCCUUUAAUUUUUCAGACCUUUUGUCAAAAGAAACAUAGGCAUUAAUGUAGUUUAGUUUCCAUGUUAAUUU